AUGGCGAUGGAACGCACGCGCAUCGCGAAGGUCGACGACGUGACCCUCUCGCGACGUGGGACGCAAGUCAACGGCACUCUACACCUGACACCCCACCACAUCAUCUUUGUGCAUGCCCCUCCUCCUGCCCCCGACGGGAGUCGAGCUCGACCACGCGAGACUUGGAUCACCUACCCCAUCAUCCACUUCUGCACCUUCCGACCGAGUCCUACCGCCUCGAGGCAACCCUCGUCUAUCCGGCUGCGCUGUCGCGACUUCAACUUCUACUGCUUCUACUUCAACGACGAUCGGAAAGCAAGGGACGUCUACGACAGCGUCAAGGCGUGGACAUGCAAGCUGAGCGGGAUUGAGAAACUCUAUGCCUUCUCAUAUCACCCGACGGGACCCGAGAAAGAUGUCCAGGGUCAAGGCUGGGCACUUUAUGACCCGAUGCGUGAGUGGAGACGGAUGGGCCUGGGGGACGAGAAGAGACAAACAAACUGGAGGAUUUCCACCAUCAACAAGGACUACCAGUUUUCCCCGACGUACCCUGCGGUCCUGGCCGUUCCGGCGAAUAUCUCAGAUAACACCUUGAACUAUGCCGGGCGUUACAGAUCGAGAGCACGGAUACCCGUCCUAACAUAUCUUCACCCGGUCAAUGACUGCACCAUCACUCGUUCGUCACAGCCACUCGUUGGUGUGAGAGGGAACAGGAGCAUCCAAGAUGAAAAGCUGGUAGCUGCAAUCUUCAACACCACGAGGGCGGAGAGGCCACUGUCGGUGUACAGCUCUCCUCCGCCCGAGCGCGAGGAGUCGGGGUCAAGCAAAGACACCAGUUGCUCGGUGGUCUUGGACGAGCAGAUUUCGCAGGCAGACGCUGAAGCGGUCGAGGACGCCAUCAUCUCGCGCUUUCGUGGUGAUGACGAUGCACCCGAAGGCUCAGAUGACAAAAGACCGAUGGUAUACGGCGCUCAACAACGGAACAUGAUCGUCGACGCACGCCCCACCAUCAACGCGCUGGUGAUGCAGACCCAAGGCAUGGGAUCGGAGGAUAUGAGCAACUACAAGUUCGCCACCAAGGCGUACCUGGGAAUCGACAACAUUCAUGUCAUGCGGGACAGCCUACAGAAAGUGAUAGAUGCUCUGAAGGAUUCCGACCUCACUCCGCUGGGGCCUAAUCAGGAGUUACUGCAGAAAAGCAACUGGUUGAAGCACAUCGGCCUCAUUCUGGAUGGAUCGGCCCUGAUUGCUCGCCAAGUCGGGCUCCAGCACAGCCAUGUGCUCAUUCAUUGCAGUGACGGAUGGGAUAGGACGAGUCAACUGUCCUCAAUCAGCCAAAUAUGCUUGGACCCGUAUUACCGCACGCUCGAGGGGUUCAUGGUCCUCGUGGAGAAGGAUUGGCUCAGCUUUGGACACAUGUUCAAGCACCGAUCUGGAUUCCUAAGCUCGGAGAAGUGGUUUCAGAUCGAGAACGAGCGAAUCGGCCGAGGGAGUGAUGAUGUUGACGACAGGGACCAGAAGAGUGGAGCGAUGGCCACGUUCGAGAACGCCUUCCUGAGCGCAAAAGGAUUCUUCUCGAACAGCAAGAACAACGACUCCCGGGAGUCAAUCAACGUCGACUCUGACGCCGACGCUGGUGCUGCAGCAAACUACGACUCAGAGUCCCAAGUCGCUCGGCGAAUCGUUUCCGGCGCCCACAAAAAGGAAAAGGACAAGGUCGUCACGAAAGUGAAAGAGACGUCUCCGGUCUUCCACCAGUUCCUCGACGCCACAUAUCAGCUCCUGUACCAGUACCCGACGCGCUUCGAGUUUACUGAGCGGUUUCUCCGCCGCCUCCUCUAUCACCUCUAUUCCUGCCAAUAUGGCACAUUCCUGGGCGACAACGAACGCGAACGCAAAGAGCUACGCCUGGCCGAGCGCACGAGGAGUGUAUGGGACUACUUCCUCGCCCGAAAAGAGGAAUUCCUCAACCCCAAAUAUGACCCUACGAUCGAUGACAACGUACGAGGUAAGGAGAGGCUCAUGUUCCCCAAGCCGGACGAGGUCCGCUGGUGGAACGAACUGUUCGCACGGACAGACGAAGAAAUGAAUGUGAAGACCCAGCCUGUCGCGGCAACUCGGCCUAACGGUACAAGCGACGCUGAAGGUUCGGAGCUGUGGACUUCUGUUCCUGCAUCACAAGCUGGAUACUCGUCUUCGGCCAGUGCGCCUGUUUCCAGGGCUAGGACACCUGUGCUGGUAGGCGUGGAGACGAGUGAAGCGACUGUUGACUUGGCAACCUCUCCUCGUGCGCAGAAUGAGGACGCCCACGGUUCCAAGCUGCCCGGUCUUGGGAUCGACAAGACAAGUUCCGCAGCGCGUUCGAGGAGCCCGUCGUCCAUGUCACAGCAACAGCAUUCGCGAUCGCGAACGCCCAUCGCAGGCUCCCCGUCCAAACCAGCCGAGUCCGGGGAUGCAGUCUCGCGCACGGACCACGUCCUCUCCGGACAACCCAACGAGCCAAGCCCUGAAAGAAUAAUGAGCGACCGCCUCCGAGCCAUUAAGGAUGAUUCCCAGGCCGGUACCGCCAACGUUCUCUCAACUUCCGACCAGUCGACAGUCAUGAUCCAUCAUUUCCCGCAAGAAGCCGAGGCCAAGAGUGCGCCGCUGCCAGGGAGCCCUUCCUUGUUGCCAGGUCAAGAAGACCAAAUUGAACGUGCGAUCGAUGCAGAUCAAAGUGCCGCGGAAAUCACGACACAAGAGCAGAGCACACCGACACCUGACGAGAAGGGCAAUGACACGGUCGGGGCGGAGAGUGAGCCAGAGAGUAAGCCUGCCGGGGCACAGCUCGAACCCCUCGGCGUGGCAGACGAUCUCGACCCGCUAGGCUUGGGCGAGGUCAAGGACAUGCCGGCCGCGCAGAGCAGCCUGAGCAUGCGUGCCCGUGAAAGGAGACGAGAGCAGUUGGAGCUGUUGAUGAAAUGA